AUGCCGCUCGAGCUGCACAACUUCCAUGUCCAUAUCGAGAGCGAUGGGAAGGAGCUGCCGCAGUAUCAGGUCAAACAUGUCAAUGGGACUACGGUUCGUUGCUACAUCCCAAGCGAGGCUGGGAAGUGCUAUCGGGUCGUUGCCACCGUCGUCAACCCCAUCUAUGCACCUCAAGACGGGUUCAUUGCGGACCUCCUGGCGGAGGGGAAGUUGGUGACCGGCGAAGCCAUGGAUUACAAGAGGACACUCAUCAUCCACUCCGUGCGCGUCGCUCAGAAGGCGGCUCGGAACUUGGCUUUUGCGGCCAUCCAAACUACAGACUGCGAAGACUCGACUGCAGAUUAUGAUAUUUCCAAGGCUGGUGUCAUAGAAGUCCAGAUGUUCUGGGCGCAGGCGCAGCGCAAGACUACCUCUCCGCAGAUAUGGACGGCCAACACCACUGAUGCGGCGACCGUGAACGAGCGUUCCAAGAUAGCAGGGUUAAAUGUGACCUCCUUAGGGGAAAGCAAGGCCGUGGACACCACGGAGCAGUGGGUCUUUCGCAACGUACGCACCGAACCCGAUGCCAUCUUUCAGUUCUAUCAUCAGCCGCUCGCCCACCUUGAAGCUGCGGGGAUCAUACCGAAGACAAGGGCCCCACUUGCGCUGAAGCAGCAACCGCAGCCAGAACGUCCCCUCGCGUCUCAGAAACGAACCGCACCUCAGAAAAGACCCGCACCCGAAGCACCUACCACAACAGAUAACACCAAGCGCCGGAAGGUACUCAAGCCGAUUGUCAAGAUGGAGAAGAUCGAAGACGAGAAUACUCCCAUCAUCGAGAGUACGCGUGAGGCUGACGGUCCCGGCGAGAUUGAGGCUCUUGAGGCGGAGAUAAGGGCCGAAAGGUUCAAGAUCGAGCGUAUGGCUGCGCAAGAAGCUCUUGAGCGGAAGAUAGCGAGCUUGGCGCGAGCUCGAGAUCGCCAGGAUCUAGCGCGGAGGAGUGGUACACCGGGUUCCAACUCUAGUCGUCAUCCGAGUGUCAAGAGAGAGAUCAAGCCGAUCGUUGUACCAUUGUCUGGGGAAACCGUCGACUUGACUCUGGACGGGUAG